AAGAUCGCAAAUUUAGUAUUUACCUUCUUUAAGCUUCACCAUUUGUCUUCUUCCUUCCCUUCUCUCUUUAUUAACCAAACUACUACACGAAGCCGCCAAACCAAUUUCUUGAGAAACACUCUGUUUUCUCUGUUUCAAUUCCAAUUCCAUUGCUCUAAUGGCUUCUACUCCCAACUCAGUUCUUGAUGAUAUCAAAAUGUUGGAUUUGGCUAAAAAUUCUGAAACUCCGUCCGCAGAUCCAGAAAUAAAAGAUAACAAAUCGAUGGUUGUUUGCUUUGGGGAAAUGCUGAUUGACUUUGUGCCAACUGUCGCUGGAGUUUCACUUGCUGAAGCACCUGCUUUCAAAAAAGCUCCCGGUGGCGCUCCUGCUAAUGUGGCUGUUGGUAUCUCUAGACUCGGUGGUUCAGCAGCUUUUAUAGGCAAGGUAGGUGACGAUGAGUUUGGCAAGAUGUUGGCUGAUAUUUUAAAACAAAAUAAUGUUAACACCUCUGGCGUGCGAUUUGACCACAAUGCAAGAACUGCAUUGGCAUUUGUAACACUCAGAGCUGAUGGUGAGCGCGAAUUCUUAUUUUUCCGUAAUCCAAGUGCUGAUAUGCUUUUACAUGAGUCAGAACUUGAAAUAAGUCUUCUUCAACAGGCAAAAAUUUUCCAUUAUGGUUCAAUUAGUUUGAUUGAGGAACCAUGCAGGUCAACCCAUCAAGCUGCGAUGAACAUAGCCAAGAAGUCUGGUUGCAUCCUUUCUUAUGAUCCCAAUUUGCGAUUGGCAUUGUGGCCAUCAGCAGAGUUUGCACGGACAGAAAUAAUGAGCAUAUGGGAUCAAGCAGAUAUUAUCAAGAUAAGCGAGGAGGAAAUAACUUUCCUGACUGGUGGUGAUGAUCCUUAUGAUGAUAAUGUGGUGUUAACAAAGCUUUUUCAUCCUAAUCUUAAACUUUUGAUAGUAACCGAAGGAUCAGAGGGUUGCAGAUAUUACACACAAAAUUUCAGGGGCCGUGUUGCGGGGAUCAAAGUAAAAGCCAUUGAUACAACUGGUGCUGGUGAUGCAUUUGUCGGUGGGAUACUCAACAGCAUAGCUUCUGAUUCGAAUCUUUUUCAGGAUGAGGAAGGGUUACGAGAAGCUCUACUUUUCGCAAAUGCCUGCGGCGCAAUCACAGUAACAGAACGAGGAGCCAUUCCUGCAAUGCCGACAACAGAAGCCGUCCUCCAGUUUUUAGCUCAAAACGCUGAUAAAAAGUAGAGACAAGACACCAUUCCUAACUCAUGCAGUCAUGCAUCAAGCUAAAGCUUGUAUAAUUUAUUUUCCCUGUUGAGAUAUCCUCGAGCUCUUCGCUCCACAAAUCCUCCCAUAAAUUUUCAAUCUCCCUUCCAAUGUACCAUAGUGGAUAUAAACACUGCCAAUAAUUCUCAAGUCACUUUUGUGAAUGAAUUUUGUUCUUUUUUCUUAGUGCAAUAUAAUUUAUCGUC